GGUAGUAUUGACAUACACCAUUACUCCGUUAAUUUACUUAGAAACCACAAGUUUUUAUUAGCGCUAUGGAUCCAAAGACUAACAGUUAUAAUGUGACAUUUAAAUUAAGUGAACCUUUAUCAAAUAAUCAAAGUGAUGUGCUAUCUAACUCCACCGAUCUUUUGGAGGCUUUUAAAUUAAAAGAACACGAACAAUAUUUGGAGUACAAACCUGUAGCUUGUGCACUUGGUGUUCUUAUUUUCUUAAGCAAUAUAACAGUUGUUGUUUCCAGUGGAUUAAUUCUUAAAAAAGGUCAGCAAACAAAGAGCACUUAUUUAUUACUUGGAAAUGUUUCGCUUGCUGAUACCAUCAUCGGAAUAUCAAUGGUCAUUGGGGCGAUUUUUGAAAUUCCUAUAAACUCAAGUCCAUUAUGUAUUUUACAAAUAGGUAUGCUUGUAUGCCCAGCCAUGGUUUCAAUAUUCAGCGUCGGCUUCAUUGCAGUUGAUCGUUACAUCUACAUCUUACAUGGACUGUAUUACCAACGUUGGGUUAACACUACAAAAGUCCGCAUCUGUAUCAUAUUCAUUUGGAUCAUUGGUAUUACUUUGGGAUUUUUGCCAAUAACUGGCUGGAUUAAUCAAGAGUUCAAUUCAAAAUGUUAUUAUAUUGCCCUUUUUCCAAAGCAACUGAUUCUGCUAAAUUCUAUCUUGAGUAUCGUGCCAAUUAUUGUUGUCGCUGUUCUAUACACCAUUAUUUUAAUUCGUGCAUUAAGAAAGGUGAAAGAAAUUAAUGCAUCGGUUAUACCAUCGAGAUCAAAUACCAAACCAACUUUACGAAUCUAUAGAGGAAAUGGAAAUAUGAAACAAAAUACUCAAUCUGUUAAACGACCACGAAAUAAAACUCAAGAAUUAAAAAGAAGUUCAUCAUUUCAUGCAAGCAAUAAUACAGGAUCUGAAAAACAAAGAGUUUCCGAAUUGAGGACUAAAUCGAGAAGUAACGAUGAACUUAACAUUGAAAAUAAAGUUCCUAUUACAAAUAAUCAAAUGCAAUAUAAUGGAAAUAAAUAUGAAUCCGGCAAUAGUUUAUGUUCAACCGAUAUAAGUGUCAUUGAGGAGAGUAGCUUUACAAUUAAUCAAGAGCUUGAUAACAAAGUAGAUAAAAAUGAUAAGAAAGUAAAAAAUGCAUCUAAACCUAGGGACGCUACGAAAUGGAGAGCCAUCAUCAUUGUAAUGCUAACUACUGGAAGCUUUGUAUUUACAUGGAUGCCAUUUUUCAUAACGGUCAUAUUUUAUGCUUUCUGUGAAGAUAAACUGACAAAUCAAAAAUGUUUCAACCUGCGAAUUAUGCUAGGAGGUCCAAUUGCAGCGUUGGCAUUUUUAAAUAGUAUUCUUAAUCCUAUGAUCUAUGUUUGGUGGCAUAAAGGGUUUCAAAGAAAUGUUCAGACAUACUUGAAACGAUAUGUGUACAUAUUUUGUCGAAAAAGUUAACAACUCUAUAUUAUAUUAACAUAUUUUCAGAUAUUAAAAGAGCUCUCUUAUUAAGUAUUAAAGAAAUAACUAGACAAGAUUUAUAAUUUAUUAUUGUUUAUAAUUAAACAAGAAA